UAAAAUUCUUAGACUUGACUUGUUAACGAAGGGAUCGAUUUUACUCUGUGGUUCGCUUUCAAUCGACAACAUGAAAUUUCUACUCCUGGCUUCAAUUUUUAUGAUAGAGUUUUACUCGACCUUAUCCUGUCAACCAGAGUGGUAUAACCAAUGUACAGUAAACUCAGACUGCUGCAGUGGCAAUUGUGAAAAAAAUGAUGACUGGAAGUAUGGUGUUUGCAAGAAAAAAAUAUGUCAACCAGAGUGGUAUAAUCAAUGUACAGUAAACUCGGACUGCUGCAGUGGCAAUUGUGAGAAAGAUGAUGACUGGAAGUUUGGAGUUUGCAAAAAGGAAGUAUCCUGUCAACCAGAGGGGUAUAAUCAAUGUAAAAUAAACUCGAAUUGCUGCAGUGGUAAUUGUUACAAACCCGCUGACUGGGAGUUUGGUAUAUGCAAGAAGGAAGAGUUAGCAUGCUUGGAAUCCCUGGAAACCGGAUGUGACCAAACCAAUUGCUGUGAUGGAUUGCAAUGCUAUAACGGACCCGAUUCUAACUGGUUUCGAGGAAUUUGCGUUGACGAGACGCUUAUGGAAAAUAUUCUCAAACUCUCGAAUAAAAAUGAAGUGCAAAACAACGAAAAUGAAGUGGAUAAUUACUUGGAAUUUGUUAAAAAUUAUUUUCUCGAUCAAAAUGGAAUCCUAUCCGAAGAUACAAGGGUAAAGUGCAGAGACAUAGAUCCUAAGGGUUCAUUCUUUUAUCGAUAUGACCAAGAGUAUUCAUUCCGAAUUUGUGAUGCAUGCAAAGAGUUGCCCAUAAGAAAAAAAGACGCCAUUAGAAUCGAUGAACUCCCGAUUAAUACGAUAAACUCGACCACAUUUGAUGAAUGUUUCGGUGAAUGUGUUGACAAUAAUAUGUGUGUUGCAUGCUCAUUUGACAAACAACAAGGUCAAUGCCAACUAUUCGACACUGUUGAAAGUAAAUUUGAAGAUUUGGAUAACUGGCUAACAUUGGUUAUUCCACAGCCGGUGGAUGUGCUCAGAGAUUAUGUUUACAGCAGAAAUACCAUGCUCAAAUGCAUUGAAAACACUACUGAAAUUCAUGCGGCAAAUUCAAUGCUCGAUUGCUUUUCAUUGUGUGAAAAAACCAACUGUAGUUUGGCUGAAUUUUCACCAUCAGGUGUAUGUUUAACGGUGAACGACUCUGAGAAUUGCUUCACAACUUUCUACAAAUAUGGACACACAUCACUAUUUUAUAAAGAUUAUUUUAACAACGAUAUAUCUUGGAGAUUCAAUAUUUCUGACGGAGAAAUUUUUCCAUAUGUACAAGAUCAAGGUGCAGAUAAUACUAGUCAAGUAUCUGAAACAUCAAGAACUGGGUCUGUUUCGAGCGAAAAAUUAUUGCGCGAAUUGAAACAACUGCAAGACAUUCAGUUUUUUAAAGAAUGCCAGAGAAAAUGUUUGAAUCUUACAACUUGUAUUGGUAUCGAUUUCAACAAGCAAGACUAUGAUUGUAAAAUGGUUGAUGUAAGCAAACUCAACACAUUGACCACAAAUUCGCUGUCGGUAAACUACACAAGGAUUCGUCUAAUUCAUCCACGUAAGGAAAGUACCAUUUAUGGCUUUGCAGCACAAUUAAUAGCAAGAUAUUCGACCAUCAAUUAUAAAAAAAUGAGUACACAGAUCAGUAUAAUUGAUUGCAUUGAAAUGUGUAAGAAACAGGAUGAAUGUAAAGAUGUGUUAUACAAUUACUCUGACCAAACAUGUCUAAUAGUCGAUGAUUUCAUUGGAAAUAAUCAAAUAAAUGUUGUCAACAAAGAUAAAUGGAUCAUGUUUAGCAGGAAUAGGCCCAGCUUCAAUCAGUCGGAGUUUAAAUUCACGCUUAUUGGACGCAAUAAGCAACUGGCGAAUCAGCAUGAUCAAUUUAUAACUUUGACAAACAUAUUCCCAAAUUCGGAUGGUGUGAAUGAGUGUUUGUCACUUUGCCUCGAAAGGAACAAUAAUAGCGAUACAUGUAAUCUUGCUCAAGUCGAAAGAUCAAGUAAUUCGAUCAAGUGUAAAUUGUACAAUAUUAGUUUAUUCGAUCAAACAAUCAAUAGUGAAGAUAUUCUGUACAGUAAUUUGUAUUUGGUAACAUUAAACAAAAAUUUCGAUCAAUUUGACCUUGAUCAAAUGCCAAUAAUGAGUGAAGAAGAUGCGAUUAAUUGCGAGAUUGAUAAGGAGUCAAUAUUAUUAGAUCAACUCUAUCGCUAUUAUUCAAACAAUCAAACGUCAAACGUUCACAAAAGAUCUAAAAGGGGAUUUUGGAAAAAUGUUGGAAACUUUUUUAAAGGUGUUGGAGAUUCAAUCGUCAAAACUGUAAAAGAUACCGUUGAUACUGUUGUCGGAGGUGCUAAAGCUGUCGGUAAAUUAGUAAAAGGUGAUGCCAAAGGUGCACUUAAAGAGGUAAAAAAGACUCCACUUUAUAAACAGGGAGAAGAACUAGUUGAAAGUGUUAAACAAGUGGGUGAGGGUAUUGGCGAAGGGAAUUUUAAAAAAAUUGGCGAAGGAUUGCUUGGGGUAGCCACUAACGAUGUGCUCGGUUUUAUUCCUGGGCAAAAAGCACUGGGAGUUGGAGCAAAGGCUAUCAAGGAAGGUAUUAAAAAAACGGUCAAAGAAACGGCAAAAAAAGACGUCAAAGGUGCCAAAGAUACAAAAGAUACCAAGGAUGACAUCGUCGAAAAAAGUUUCAAAGAUAAGAAAAGUGAAACGAAAGAGAAACGAGAUGAUAAAAACGAACAAUGUCCGGCAAAGGACAACGGUCGGACAAAACGUGCCGCAGGCAGUAGUAGCACAAAUAACGGCUGCUCUAACAACGAUAACAAUGCUAAAUGUAGGAAACCUACGAUCAGAAGAGGUGAUGGGAGGAAAGUUUUGACGAAAACGCUAGUUCCAUGCACAAAUUCUAAAGUCGGUGAGACAUGCAGAUACUUGUGUAACGCUGGCUUUAAUGAGAAUCCAAGUGCUCUCACUUGCAAACCAAAAGGUAUAUGGGAUGCCCAAGCUGCGUGUGAGCCACAAAUAUGUGGAGCUGAUGGUUUUAUACGUGUUGAAUCGUCCACAGUUGGAACAGUGCUAGAUAAUAAGAAAGACAGUUCAAAUGCAAAUAUGCUUUUGUAUCUGGUUAAGUUUGAUGAGUCGAAAAAGUUACCGAUUUACUCGGUGGUAUAUUAUAAAUUCAACCUGAUCUUCGGGAAGUUCAAUGACAGAGCAGAUAGUUUCAGACCUCAUCCAUGCACCCGUUUGAUUAGUAGACAAGCGUAUAAUAAUGACUAUACAAACAAUGCAUAUGGAUUCCAACGAGGACAUUUAACUCCAGCUGAUCUAUUCAGAUGGAAUGAAAAGGCGGGCAAUUCCGGAAAUCUUCUCAUCAAUGUUGCGCCGCAAUCAGGCAAGAUGAAUAUGGGCUCUUGGAAGACACUGGAGGCCGCCGUUCAAUGUGCGGCUCAGGAGAGAAUCAAAGCAAUUGUGGCCACAGGUAUUGCUGGCACCUCCAACUAUAAAAUUGGUGGAGGCAUUGUUGCGCCCAAAUAUUUUUGGAAGUUGGUAUGUUAUCGCGAUAACAAAUCAUUGAAAACACACGUGGCACUUUUCGUCGGCGAUAAUGAACCAGUUAAAGAUGAGACGAAAUCAAUGAAAGAAUUUACAUUGACACCCAGAUCUCAGAAAGACCUGGCCACAUUUGAUUCCAGUAUUUUAACUUCCCACAAUCCUUGGCAAGGUGUACUUAAGAUGAAAGAAAAAUUCGCCCUGAUUGGACGAUAUCCAACGGCAGCAGAAUGUAUGGCCGCCGAUGAUCUAGCAGAUGAUCAAGUAAAAAUAUGGAAGAGCCAGUUUAGUGUAUUCGAUAAUAAAAAGAAGAGAAGCACCGAUGGAGCAUCAGUCGAACCAUUUUGCAGCAGAUCGAAACUUGACGAAAUUCUUGCUAUGAAUUUGUCGGUUCAGGACGAUGAUAAUAAUGAUGAUGUUAACGAAGGGGAAGAUACUGGGGAAGACCCCAAUACUGAAGAUGACUUCGAUGGAAAUGCAAAUGUUCCUACUAGUAGUUGUGGCAAGAGGAUCGUGGGCUAUUAUCCUUCUUGGACCAAAACACCAUUGUCUGCAGAACUGUUGUCAAAAUUUACCCACAUCAUUUUCGCCUUUUUGGAAAUGAAAUCCGAUGGCUCAGUUGGUAUUGGUAAUCCCGAUCAUAGCAGUGCACAAACAUCAACAGACACUGAGGUUGAAGAGUUGGCUAGAUUUAAUUUGAAAUCCCUAAUGAGAAACAAAGCCAAAGUGCCCGGAUUAAAAGUGACAUUUGCUGUUGGGGGUUGGGAGAAUUCGCAGUACUUUAGUUCGAUGGCUGCCAAUCCAACACUUAAGCAGAUAUUCAUCGCUUCAGUUCUCAAGAUAAUCGAUGAGUUUGACUUUGAUGGGUUAGACAUAGACUGGGAAUAUGCAGUCACAGGUGGUGCACAUGAGGGUAUUCCUCAGGACAAAGAAAACUACGUCAGUCUGCUGAGGGAUUUGAGGGGCGUGCUAGAGACAAAAUUCAGUGGGCGGUAUUUAAUCACAUUCGCCAGUGCCGCCGGUGAAGAUGCGCUUAAGAAUGGCUAUAAUCUACCGGAGCUUCUCAAAUACGCGAAUUGGGUCAAUGUUAUGACUUAUGAUUUCUUUGGUCCGUGGACCAGCAAAUGGGGUGCCUAUACUGGACCUCCGGCACCUCUGUAUCAUCAUGUGCCCAAGGGUUAUUCGGGUAAGUUCAAUGUGAACUGGGCAAUAAAACAGUAUGUUUGCGAUUUAAAAUCGCCCGAACAAGUUGUUAUGGGUGUACCACUUUAUGGUCGGUAUUGGCACAAUGUUCCCGAUAGACAAGACGAAUAUGCAAUGUAUAGAUUGGCAAAUCCAGUAGGUGGAAAGUUUGAUGGUGGUUUUGUUUCUUGGCGGGAUAUCAAAUAUAACUGGCUCACAGAUCCAAAUUUUCAAACACACUUUGAUGACAAAGUCAAAUGCCCUUACGCGUACAAUCAAAAUGGAACAUAUCUCGGCUAUGAGUCACCCGAAUCAAUAAGAUUCAAAAUUGAAUUCGCAAUCAAAUCGAAUUUGGGCGGUCUUAUGGUGUGGGCAAUAGACCAAGAUGAUAACGAACAAUCAAUGAUCAACCAGAUAUCGCAGGCCAAUUUAUGCACCAAUGAUAAUUCAGUUAAUUUCAAAUGUAUUCCCAUCAAAGAGAAGCGAUGGUGGACUUUGGUGGAUGGUGAAGAUAUGGGUGGCCUGUGCGGUAAGAGCGCACCAUUGUAUCGCGGUUAUUAUCCGGUUUGUGAUCCAGAUGAUUUAGGCUAUAGUUGUUGCGGAGCCUAUGGAUAUUGUGGCUCGGGUAAAGAAUUCUGCGAUUGUCCCACGUGUGUUAAUUACGCAGACGAUCCCAAUAAAAUUUUGGCCGAACCAACUAAACCAAGCACAGAUAAGAUAACGUGGCAUCUUUCCAAUGCCCCUGAAGGUCAACGGGGUCGCUGCGGUAGAGAUGUACCUAAAGUGAACGGAGAAUAUGCUACCUGUAAUUCAGAUGACCCCAAUUCAUACUGUUGUUCUAAUGGUGGCUAUUGUGGACAAGGAAAGUACUUGCUAAUUUAGUAAACAGCCCGAUACGUAAUUGUAGUUGUUCGGUAACAUUGUUUUUUUUUUCAUAUUUUAGGUGACAAUUUUUGUAAAUGUGACGGUUGUAUCAAUUUCAAGAAUAACCCUAAUUAUAAAUACCCUGCAAAGACCUGGUGGUCAUGGAGUGAUGGUGCAGAUAAAUCUGGAAAAUGCGGACCAAACGCACCAAAACUGGCUAACGGUGGUGAGCCUGGAUGCGAUCCGGAUUCAGAAAAUUAUUGCUGUUCUAAAAAUGGCUACUGUGGCUCGGGAAAUGAUUUUUGUCAGUGCUCAGGGUGUAAAAAUUAUAAAAACUGAGCAAUACAUAAUUAAUUUAUCAAGUCGACCAGUGUCCUUUUUUCACUUCUGUUCACACUCUCGACAAAGUCAUAGUGAAAAAUUUAUAUAUAAAAUAAUCUUUGUGCUUUGAAUAUUCACCUACCAGCCUUUCUGAUCAUGAAAAUAGUAAACAAUACAGCGGCACCUGGGGGCUAAGUGCACAGUCGCAUACUUGUUACAGCAAACUAUGUGCAUGAUUCUCUAUUUCUCCAACCAGUCGCCAGGUGCCACUUUAUUGUUCUUGUUUGACGUUUCCUAUCUAUUUGUACAGACGAUCAGAGAGGCUGUCACCUACAGAAAAAUUGAUGUUUUUUUUUUGGAAUAUUAUGUUAAAUAAAUUGUGUUUGAGUAAUGUUUUUCUUCACUUUUACUAUCGGGAAAAACAAUGGAAAA